GUAAGAUGGCUGCGGGAAAGGGAAGAGUGUUUGAGAAAUCAUCAAAUGGGAUGUUUAUCUGUCUCUAACAGGAUGCACAGCAGCCCGAAUGAAGGAGUGGUUAAUGUGUCAGCUCCCCCGGCUCACUAUGGUCUAGCUCGCCAGUUGUCUCCGGCUAACUCGCGCGCUGUUCACCCGUUUACUGCUCUGACAUUGUGGAAUUCAUUAGCAGCUAGCCGUUAGCAACCUACGAGCGCUAACUUACUAGCAACCAGCUAGCAGGUAUCCGUGGAAAUCAGGAGCUCGCGACAACUGUUGAGACUCCUACAGCUAUCAAAGCGCAGAGUGGCCGUCCUGACUGGCUAUGGAGUGGAGUUGGCUUCAGACUGGAUGACAGGGUCUACAGGGCGGACAGGGUCACACAGAUUCUAACGCAGCAGCAGUGGGCUUUUUCCUCGAUGUACACUGACUGGCAGUGACAGCACAUUUUCAGCUGACCUCCUUCCCCUCCUUCUCUCUAUUCGGAUACACUUUCCCCUCCCCUUGCUCCCCCUCUUCUCCCCCCUCUCCCUCCUCAUCCUCCUCCACCUCCUCCCUCCCACAUCUUUUCCUUUUCUUCCCUCUUAAUUUCUUUUUGCCCUCGGUUGCUUCAAAACUCCAACUUUUUUUUCUGUUUUUUUUUUUCUGUUUUUUUUUUUACUGGAACUUCCUCUCUCGUCUUUGAGUUCCCGUGACCUGCCUCUCACUGAGUCCAGCAUGAGCUGGUUGAGCAGGUUGAACCCACGGGGUCCAGGGAGCCGGUCCGGCCGGAGUGCCGCCCCCUCCAGCCCCUGCACUGCUGACCCAGAGACAUGCCUCAUGGUGUUUGAGAACCACUGGAGACAGGUCUCUUGGGUGCUGGAGCAGCACGAGCCUUCAUCCUCCAGCGAUGACCUGACAGCAGUGAGGAAUCACACCGACCAGAUGUUAUGUCUACUGGCAGAGGAGCGGCCUGCAGAGAGCCCGGAGGGUGGCGCAGGCGUGGCACCCAUGGGCCCCAUACUGGAGCUGGUGGUCACCGAGAACAUUCUGGAGUGCCUGGUUCAGUGGCACCUCCGUCGCGGCCUGGACCCAGACAGCCAGGGGGCGCUGCUCAAGCUGUUUGAGAUGCUCAUCGGCCAGUCCCAGCAGCCUCUGCUGCAGCACACAGCUGUCCUCCACCCUCUGCUGAGGCUGCUGGGAGCCUGCGCCGACCCAGAACUUGGGUGUCCUUCAGCUCUGGAAAACAGCCUGGUGCUGCUGCUCAACCAGGUCUGUGUGUCCAUGGCCCGGCAGCCUGUGGUUCUGGAGAUGUUGUUCCGGGCGGCACCGGCUCAGCAGGGCUCCACCAAUCUCCUCAUCUUCUCUCUCCUCGUGCCAUUCAUCCACCGAGACGGAGCCAUCGGGCAGCAGGCCCGAGACGCGCUGCUGCUGGUCAUGGCGGCCUCGGCAAGCAACGAGGCCGUGGCACGUUACAUCGCUGAGAACUCCUACUUCUGCCCGGUGUUGGCGACAGGCCUCAGUGCCCUCUACUCCUCGCUGCCCAGGAAGAUUGAGGUUCGGGGAGAUGACUGGCAUGCCCUGCGUCGGGAGGACUGGAUGGGCGUGUCGUCGCUCGUGCUGUUCAUGAACUCGCUGGAGUUCUGCAACGCUGUGGUGCAGGUCGCUCAUCCCCUGGUCCGCUGCCAGCUCUUGGACUACCUCCACAACGGCUUCCUCGUACCCGUCAUGGGCCCCGCACUGCAUAAGUCGUUGGUGGACGAGAUGAUUGCCAGCACCGCCUACCUGGACCUUUUCCUGCGCAGUGUGUCGGAGACAUCCCUCCUUAAAACCUUCCUGCGCUUCAUCCUGCUGCAUCGCCACGACAACGACACCAUCCUGGACACGCUGCUCACACGCAUCAGCAGCAAUUCAAGGCUCUGCAUGGUAUCACUGAGUCUCUUCAGGACUCUUCUGUCUCUGAACUGUGAAGACGUCAUGCUGCAGCUCAUUCUCAGGUAUCUACUGCCCUGUACCCAUGUAAUGCUGAGUCAGCGUCGUGCCAUCAGGGAGACUGACCUGUACGGAAAGUCGGCAGACAAGUUCCUAUCUCUGAUCCCAGAGUGCUGUCGACUGAACCCAGCGUCCUCUGCUGAGCGGGACGAGGAUGGUGCAUUCUGGGGUAAAGUACUGAAUAGUCCCAGUACAGAGUCUCCAGCCCCACCCAGACCCAGCACCCCAUCCCGCUUAGCCUUCUUCAUGCGCCAACAGAGCAGCGGAUCAGGAGGAGGGGGUCCCUCUACCCCCACCAGUAUGGAGUCGCUGCAGUCGGGUCCUUCCGGCUCCCACCCUCUGUCCCCUGACAGCCCGAUGCACCAGCAGCAGACUAGCACAGAGUGUCUGGACUGGGAUUCGGGUUACCUGGAGUACCUCAAAGACGCCCGACGGGGCAUCGAGCUUUGCUCCUGGGCCUGCCGCGACUGGUCGGCGCCCUAUGAUGGAGAAAACCCCUCCCCAAAUGCGGCCCCUCCACCCCCACCUCCCCUUACCUCCAACCCUCCCAUGGCCAUGUUCCCUGAGCACUUCUCUUUCCAGCAGGGAGGAAGCAGUAACACCCCUCCAGGCCAGCAGAGGGCGGCCAUCGUGGCUGCGGCACGAUCUGAGUGGAGCAGCUCGGAGCGGGACAGCGGAGAGUGGGAUGUUACGAUCGGCAAAAACAACUGCAUCAGCCUCACGCCACGCUCCAAGAAACGCAGCCUGCAGAGAGAGGAGCUCCUGCCAAAGCCUGUACCUCAUCUCGUCCCCUCCUCCUCUUCUUCAGCCACACCUUUAUCAACAUCCCACCCCGCCUCGUCCCCAGCUCCUCACAAUCCCACCUCUGCCAUCACUGUUAGCUACCAGGCCAUGUACAAUGGAACAAUGGGGCAGGGGGACGGGUGCUCAGACAAUCAAGACAGAGGGCUGGAGGUAAAGAAAGUAAAGAGAGACUUGGGGGAGCAGCAGUAUUUGGAUGAAAAUGCAAAUCAAAAUGGAUCCCUCGUCACCUGUCCCUCCCAAAGCUGCAGUGCUCUCCCACAGUCCAUUUUUAGCAACAGUGAAAUAAGUGAUGCAAAAUCACUUUGCUCUAACCAGAUCUCCUCUCAGAGCCCUGUCACCCAGCCAACGUCUGACACCAAACUGCUGACCAGCGACACCUCAAACCCACACAGUGCAUCCUCAGAUCUUCCAGAAGCCAAUCAGACGCAACAAUCUGUAGAGAGUCUCAUCCAGGAGCUACUGGAGCAGGCGCCAGGAGAGCCGCAGUUCCCCGGAGACGCCAACGGUCAGGGCAUCAGCAUCGAGGCCUUCACACAGGAGCUGAGGGAGCUGGAGGACCGGGUGAAGGAGCGCAGCAGAACAGCCUGUCAGCAGGAGGACACCGCCAGAGAGUCCAUGUCCUCUGAGCGGCAGGACGAGGAACAGCAGCUGUCCUCAGCCCUGGAGAUGAAGCAGACAGGUGACGCAAAGGGAGACGGGCCUGUGGUGGGCCUCUGCAGUCCUGCCAGACCACUGAAUCAGCCCGCCUGUCAGCCAUACACAGGUCCGUUCAUGGUGGUUCUGUUUGCCAAGCUGGAGAACAUGCUCCAAAACUCGCUGUACGUCAACAUCCUGCUCACGGGCAUCGUGGCGCAGCUGGCCUGCUAUCCUCAGCCGCUCCUACGCUCCUUCCUGCUCAACACCAACAUGGUCUUCCAGCCCAGCAUCAAGUCACUGAUCCAGGUUCUAGGUUCUGUGAAGAACCGCAUUGAGGCAUUUGCAGCCUCUCAUGAAGACUUCCCUGCCAUGCUGAAGAAAGCUCAGCAGUACCUGGUGGCCCGAGGCAAAGUGGACUGGUCAGACUUGCCUGCGGCAGUUCCUACCCUGCGGCGCUCUGAUUCAUUAGUGAAGAGUCGUAAGCCAUCUCUCGGAGACCUGAUCCUUCGCCACACCAACAGCCCGACCCGGGCUCGACACGCUGCUCAGAUGGCCCUUGCACACGUACGAGACGGCGGCCAAUCACUGCACAGCGCUCUGUUCAGGGGCGGUGGAGGCGGAGGGGCCUCUGGCCUGGAGAAGCAAGCUGAGGCGCUGCGAGUGAAGAACGCCGUCUAUUGUUCCGUUAUCUUCUGUGAGUUCCUCAAGGAGCUGGCUGCGCUGGCUCAAGAGCACGCCUUCUCUCUGCCUUUCCCGCAAAGCCAGGAGGCAGAGGAAUAGACGGCGAACUCCUCAAAUCUAGCUCUUAGCCUCCGUUUCUUUUUGAUUAGGCUGUAAAAAGAGUUCUGUAGGAUUCCCCCAUCACCAGAGGACAGACUGGAGCACUGAGACUUUUCUGUCACUUAAGUGUGUCGUCUGCAGUGACACAGACAACAAGCGAGAUGAAAACGGUGUCAUUUUUGUACCAAAAUCAUUAUAGGAUACCUAUAGGACUGGAAGGAUUUUCCUCAUCUGUAAACUUAUGAUAUUGUGCAUAUCAUGUAUUAUAUUUACAUUCUAUACACAGAAGAUCUCAGUAAACGCUUGAGAUUUAGGAGCUUGUACAUACACAUACCACGUCAUGGUAUAACGUGACACAGUAAAGCCACAUUUAGGUGCACAUGUUGGUGCUAGUCUCUUAUGUUUUAAGUUGAAAGGGUGCUCUCAGGCGGCACAGAGGAGAAGAAGGUUUUAUCCCAACAAAAUUUUAAUGGAUGAAAUACAUGGGGCAUGGACGCAGGGUGACACGUCUGCAGCAGCAAAGUGCGUCUGUUAUAAUCAACUGAAGCUGCUACAUUGACCACGUGCUGCUCAUCUUAAUUCUUACAUGGCAUGUCUUUUUUUUUUCCCAAUGCAUGACUCCACGGCCCUCCAACAGGUAAAAACUACACAGAACUGUGUAAACAAUCUGUUUAAAAAUGAUCACACCUCAUUGUAUCUGAGGCAGUGCGACCCAGCAGGGCAACCUUGUGGGUGUUUUUACAUUUCACAUUCAAAUAAGUCGAAUCAAUUCAUCCUGUAGUGAAAACGAUCCAGUUCAUUUUUUCAGCACCAGUUGAUUUAGCCUACGCUUUCCAGACCCUCCAUAACCAACUGCAUUAUCACUUGGCAAAACUCAGUAAAGCUGGCAGCAACCACACGCCACAAAAAUGGAGUCUGUGUAGCAGGUAAGAAACCCCACUGUGCUCCGCCUACGUGACACGUCGCAUCCGUGCCCCGUGUAUUUCAGCCGUGACAAACACCAAAAAUAGUUUGGCAGGAAAACAUUUUAAGGUGUAGGCAACUACCAAGUGAUCCAAUCAGCUUUGGUCGCCUCUGUACGACAAGCUCAUGUUGGUUUAGUCCUCUAUCAAGGACUGGCCAAAAGAGAAAGCUCACAGAGAAACAGUAAGUGUUCUGAGGAGCGUCUCAAGUGUCCAUUUUAUUUUUGAAAAGGCUGCAAAGACUAGUCAUCAAUGAACGCGAUGAAAACUGGAACACACAGGUGAGGGAGCAUGCCACUUUCUCUCCUGUGAAUCAGCACGGCCACCACAAACGUACUGGAAGAAACUUUGGGUAACGAAUGCCAUUUUUUUACUAUAUUUUGUUUUAAACGUGUUUGUGUUUUGCAUUUGCACCAUUUUCUAGACAUAUCAGCAGCGCGUGGGAGCAGGUGUGUCGAUUUGUAUGUGAGGUUUAUUUUAACGAAUGACUCCUUUUCCAAAAAGGUGACGCCAACUCUUUAGGCCAUCAGUAAGCCAUUCACCUGUUGCCAUGAAAGAGGCUGUGGGAUUGAACAGGCAGCACUGCUUUACAAUUCAUACCUUUUGUGUGUCACUUAGUCUUUAAAAGACCUGAGAGUCUGCCAGAAAAAGGCAAGAAGGGAAGGAUUUUUUUUUUUUCCUAGGGAGCGUUGGCAUGAUUUCCAUUUACUCUGAACUGACAUUUUGAAGAAAGGUCCUCGUGAGGCAUUCACUGACUUUUAUUUAAACAGACCUUUGUUUGUGAGCUAAAAUUGAAGCCUGUGGAAGCAAGUCAAUUUCAGUUUUUCCAUUUUUUUGUUUUAGUUAGCUUCAAAACAUUGUCUCUUUCAGGUGAGACAGGCCAAACUGAACAUAGAAAUGUUCAUCUUGGAACUUAACAUGCUGCUAUUUUAUAACACUAACACCCAUUUUUAUUAGUGUCAUAGCUACUAUCUCAUUUCAUUGUUAGGUACCAAGUAUAAAUGUGCAUGUGGGGAUGUGCCAGAGUCAGUGCCAGUGUUGUGAUCGGCAUUUGUUUAUUUUACUGUGUCUGAGGUUGAAUGAAGUUAUGGCCACGCAGUGUUAAAAGCAUUUGCCGAGAUGAAAUUCUCUUUCAACAUUUUGAUUUUUUCCUUAAUGAUCAGCAGCCUUUUGAGGCUUCAUGGCCUUGUCCACAUCAGCACCAGUAUAUUUGAAAAUGUAGCUUUUCCUGUGUGUCCACACACAAACUGUCUGAAACCUGAUCUUUUGCAAAACUCCGUCCAGGGUGAAGAUUUUCAGAAUCGUCAUUUUCGUUGUCAUCGAGUAGACAGGAAACAGAGGGAAUUUUUGGCUUGAGAUAGCAGGGUAAGCUUUUGCCUUUGUGAGGUGUCACAAAUGAAGCGGUAUUUCAUUCAAUGGCAGGGGUGAUCAAAUAGUAGGACUAGGAGGACACUGCUCAGGAUGGCCUUCCAGAAAUAUCUUUUUCUUUGUUUUUUUGUUGUCUUCUUCCUGAUUGUCUUAAUUGUUUUCUUCUUUGUCUUUUGCUACU